CGAGUUGUGUGUGAAGAUGGCGGACGAAGAGGCCGAACAAAACCUCAGCGCACAGACCGAUAGCAGUGCAACGAUUGUGGCGCUCCGAGAGAAAUUGCUAAAAUUAGCAAUUGCACUGAAGAACAGUACGGACUCUCCGACUCAGUCGUCAACUCAGUAUUGUCAACACUUUUGCCAGACUCUGGUGGAGUAUGCUGGUCGAUGGAGGAUGGAGGAGGAGCCCUUGCCCCUGGUGGAGGUGUAUACAGUGGCCCUGCUGAGCUAUGCCCAGGUCUCCUCCUGCCUCUCCUCUCAGUGUGAAAACGUCCCCCUCGUAGUUGAACGUCUCUCACUGAGCUGUAUAGAGCUGCUGCUCUCCCUGCCAGAAAACUUCCCAGAUGCCUUGUGGGAAGAGUUCAAGUCAUCUGUUCAGUCAGCACACUCCCAGCUGCAGGAGAAUGGCAUCACACAGCUGGCCCUCCUGUCUGCUGUGGCCCAGGAGACUGGUGUGUGGACGAACAGCACCCUGCGUAGUCUCCUCUCUAAUGAGUCUCCACAAACAGAGGAGGUUCACAAGUUCCUUCGACUUGAGGGACCCAUUCUGCUGGAGAUGAGAGUAAAGCACCUUAUUAAGGAGAACCACAUGGAGAGGGCUGCACUGCUGGCAAGGGCUUGUGCAGAGUGUCCCGAGUUUGAAGGAAAAGGGCACAUCUUUAAGCAGAUGUACCUGGUCUGCCUGUGCUCUGCCUCAGCACAGGAACCACUAAUGGAGGAGCUCUCCGAGGUCGAUUGCCGUGAUGCACUAGAAAUGAUCUGUAACCUGGAGUCGGAAGGGGAUGAGAGGGGAGCCUUCAGCUUAUGCUCAGCCUUUCUAACACGUCAGCUUCUCCAAGGAGACACUUAUUGUGCCUGGGAGCUGACACUGUUUUGGAGCAAACUGCUGAAGCGGAUGGAGUCCUCUGAAGAGACGUUCCUGGACAGUUGUCGUCAGAUGUCUUUGCUGUCCACAACGGUCUUCCACAUCCUCUUCUUCAUCAAAGUCAUUCAAUCAGAGGUGGGUAAGGUUGGACUGCCAGUGUGUGUUGACAUGUGCAUACGGGCUCUUCAGUUGGAAUCAAGUGACGCAAACAACAAGGCCACCAUUUGCAAAACCAUCUCCUGUUUGCUGCCCACUGAUCUGGAGGUAAAGCGGGCCUGCCAGCUGACAGAGUUCCUCCUGGAACCCACAGUGGACUCCUACUACGCCGUGGAGACUCUGUACAAUGAGCCAGACCAGAAGCUGGAGGAGGAGAAUCUUCCUGUGUCUAACUCGCUCCGCUGUGAGCUCCUGCUGGUGUUCAAGACCCAGUGGCCUUUUGACCCUGAGUUCUGGGACUGGAAGACACUGAAGCGUCACUGCCUAACCCUUAUGGGUGAGGAGGCCUCCAUUGUGUCCUCCAUUGACUUGCUGAAUGACAAUGAGAUCCCAGAGGCCCCUGAGGAGGAGGAGGACACAGCCCAGGGUGAGGAAGUGUUCAGAGACGUCACAGACUACUUCGUGGACACCACACAUGAACUGAAUGAAAUAACAGAUAAAAGACGGAAAAUCCGAGAGACAAAGAAACUGAGAGAGAAAGGGUUCAUCUCGGCCAGGUUUCGAAACUGGCAGGCAUACAUGCAGUACUGUGUUCUGUGUGACAAGGAGUUUCUGGGGCACAGGAUUGUACGUCAUGCACAGACUCACUACAAAGAUGGACUUUAUAGAUGCCCGAUAUGCGCAGAGACCUUCACCUCAAAAGACAUAUUGGAACCACACGUGGCAUCACACGUAAAGCUAUCAUGCAAGGAAAGACUAGCUGCAAUUAAAACAAAUAAAAAAUUAGCUAAUCCCAAAACGGCUGCUCCUGUUAUUGCGGCUCUGAAAGCUAAGACUGAAAAUCUACUUUGGAAAAAAGAUGCAAACAGCGAUUCCCAAGAACACAAUGGGGAGUCGCUUCAGACAGAAUCAGUUCAGACUAAAGUCUCUGGACUUAAGACCGAAAGCAGCACUGAGGAAAACACAUGCCCUGUUGUAAACUGCAAAAAGGGAUUCAAGUAUUUCCGAAAUCUUCUUGUUCAUGUGAAAGCACAUAGAGAUAACGAUGAAGCAAAGCGCUUCCUUGAAAUGCAGAACAAAAAGGUGAUUUGUCAGUAUUGUCGUCGCCAAUUUGUUAAUGUCACACACCUUAACGAUCAUUUGCAAGUGCACUGUGGUGUCCGACCGUACAUUUGCAUACAGUUGAACUGCAAGGCCAGCUUUCUCUCCAACACAGAGCUGCUUGUACACAGAAAAGAACAUGUCGUAUUUAAAGCUAGAUGCAUGUUUCCUAGAUGUGGGAAGAUUUUCAAUGAAGCCUAUAAGCUUUACGACCAUGAGUCACAGCAUUACAAAACGUUCACCUGCAAAGUCCCUAACUGUGGAAAAGUGUUCCAUUCUCAGUCACAGUUGGAUCUGCACCAGGAGGAACAUGUCACAAAAGAGGAGGAAUACCCAGCUACAGACACUGACCUUUCUCAUUUUCUGGACCGGAGGAUGCUUUCUGAUCAGGCUUCCUUCUCAGAGGAUGUUGAUGAGGCUUCUCAUCCAUCAGCAUCUGUUGAGGUGAAGCACUCGAUUGACAACUUGCUGAAUGCUUCUCAAGGUCCUGUUGAGAAUGAUCGACGAUACAUGAUUCAAAGUGAGCCACCAGUAAAAGAACUGUACCCAUAUUCAGAAAGAUCUGUUAUUCGGUCUACCACAAAUGCACAAACACAUGACCCAAAUCAGCUGAGACAUAGACACCAAGACACCUCAGAGAAUGCUGCAUGUGACUAUAUGAGACCCAAACCACAUAAUCCUCCAUUAGCUUCAUACCAAUAUCCUGGGGAUUUGCAUCAUGCCCAACAACCAAGUGUGUUUCAAGGUCAGGUCCAGAGUUUUCGCAAAGAUGGAAAUUAUGAAUCCAGGAACUACAAUUCUGACUACCGAGUACCAGUGCAAGAACAACAACAUCCACACAUGUCUGUUAACAUGUCAGCAUCAAGCCAGACCUCCCAUUACAUGUCAACUCCAAUGCCUCAAAUUCUCCCAUCGGUCUCUCACACACUUCUUCCACUAGUAACUCGUUUGCCAGCCACUGGUUGCAGAACAGAGAAUACACAGGGCCCGUUAACAAGCAGUCCUGCCCCACUGCACCACCAAUUACCAACUACUCCUGCCCCACAGCAACACCCAUUACCAGCUACUCCUGCUCCACAGCAACACCCAUUACCAGCUACUCCUGCCCCACAGCAAUACCCAUUACCAGCUACUCCUGCCCCACAGCAACACCCAUUACCAGCUACUCCUGCCCCACAGCAACACCCAUUACCAACUACUCCUGCCCCACCCCAAGGAGAGAGACACCACUGUGCUUUGGAGUCAUGCGAUCGCAACUACAGCUCCUACAGAAGUGUUACCAAGCAUAUGAAAGCAGCUCACCCAGAGUUUUAUACAGAAUGGAAACUUGUUAAGAGAAAAACAAGGGAACAUGAAAAAGUAAGAAAAGCUGCCCCGUCGAGUCUGCCUCUGAUCGGGAACCAUAACUCUGUUGCUCCAAUACAACAUCAACAGGUCAUUCAGCCAACCCCGCCCCUGUACUCAAACUCAAACCACUCUUACGCUUCCCAUUCAGCUGCUGUCCAAAGCCAAGCUUUCCCCAACCAAAUGGACAAUAUCUUAGAUCCCAUUGUACUCUCCCAGCUAGGAAACAACCCCAAUCAAUAUGCACCACCUAGUAUGCCAUGGCAACAAACACCAGGAAACAACCAAAUCCAGAAUUAUCACUCACAAGUAUAUCCCUCCUCGAACCUGCAAGGGAUGCCACAAAUGGGUGGUGGAGGAAUGGAUGUUCAUGUUAUUCCAUCCGGUCAUAUGAUGCGACCUAAUGUGGAAAGACCAGCAGAGUCACUGCUUCCAACAACUAUGGAUAAUGUUCUUCAGUCUGUUUUCCCCUCUUAUGUGGACAUUCUGAAGGACUCAAGUCUCUCAAAUCAGCUGGGAAAUGCUGCACUUCCCUACACACCGCAGACUCAAAGUAAUUUGCGUUCUAAUUUCAAUCCCCCUGAAAGGAGUCGAAGAAUGCAGAAAACCAACAUGGAAUCACAUGUCCUUGCAGGAAACCAAUUGCUAGCUAGAAACAACAGUGAAUCUCAAGACGGCACCAAAAACGCUGCUGAAAAAAACCAGAUGGGCAAAAAAGUCAAGCGCAACAAAAGAACAAAGUGGCCUGCCAUUGUUAAAGAUGGAAAGUUCAUUUGCUCUAGGUGUGGUAGAGAAUUUACAAAUCCCAAAUCACUUGGAGGCCAUUUGUCCAAACGUUUACACUGCAAAGCCUAUGACACUGAGCUCCUGACAGCAGACUUGCCUUCAUCAUUUCUUGAUCUUCUCAAUUCAGAGCAACUUCUCAAUACUCAGCCCCCACCAGCUUCACAGUAUAACCCUGCUGCACCGUAUGCAAAUGAUGGCGAACAACCCGAUGAGAUUCUUAAACAAAUUAUGGUUACUCCAAAUAUUCCCAAUAUGUUUGAGCCCUCAGCAAUUCCCCAUCCAACGUUCCAAAAUUCUUAUGGCCCCUACGGACCUGCUGGACGCUUGCCAGAAAGCACAGUCAUACAGCACACAGGAAAUGUCCAAGUGAAGACAGAAAAUGAAUCGUAUACAGAUGGUUAUCUUCAGCAGUCAUGUGACCCUGGGUUUGGCAGUAGUGCAUUCUAUGAGCCACUUCUCACUCAGGUGCUUGCAGAAAACAACCCCACUGUCUCACUUCACAGACUUCCCACAGACCAUAUUGAUAAUUUACUCAGAGCAGAAACACUGAUGAAGAUGAAAGAAGUGACGGGGAAUUCUGAUUCUGCCUCCAAUUCGGGACGGCUGUCUAAUGAUGGACUUCUGGCUGCAAUGGCUAGUUUGGCGGAAAACCUUAUGACAAACCCCAUGUUGCAGAUCACCUCACCAGAUCCUCGGCCUCAACACAGUCCAGCAGCAACAAGUAUCAAACCGGUGGAGACACGGAGGAAGAGUGCGGAACAUAAUGUCAAGAAAAGAUUGCGUGAACAGAUUUUAGCUGGAGACUUCCAAAGAAGAAGCAGUGUAUCUGGGACAAGCAGCACUGACACACAUGCCAGUUUGAAUCUGGUGUCAUCCAAUCCAAUAACCAAUGAUGUACAACAUUUUGGAGUGCGUCAAAGUCCUCAGCUUUCCAAGAUGAUUGAUCACGGAAUCCCCUCUGUAUCAUCUGCCCAAAUGAACGGAGCAGCACCCAUGAAGAGCUUUACUAAUUUCAGAGAGGCUUCCUCUCGACACCACGACGUACCUGCACCUACCUGCAUUGUUGCGAAUGAUGUUGAUCUUGGUCCAAAUCUAACACCUGCAAACCAACAGCAUUGGAUAAUGGACAUUCAGACUGCAUUAGAGAGGCUAGACUUAGACAAACAACAGGUGUGUGAUUCUACUCCAACAUAUUCCUCCACAAAACCUAGCUGCACUGAUAUUUGCAAUGAUACUGAAUCAUUCCAGCCUAAUGUCUCAAAAGAGAAGGAUACACAGAUUCCUGAUGGCUGUAGAAAGCUGUUUGCCUGUGAGAGUGACAACUGCACAUACAGGGCCAUGACAAAAGAUGCUAUUUUAAAACACCUCAUCAAGACUCACAAUUACACCAAUGAGAUGAUCAAUUCGAUUAAGAAAAGCCAUGGGAAAUUUGCCCCAUUCUCUUGUCAAAUGUGUGAUAAGACUUUUACCCGCAAUUCAAACCUUAAGGCACACUGUCAGACAGCUCACAGAUUGACACAGCGGGAGAUUGCAGAACUAAUCAUGAAGCGCAAGUCAAGCAACACGGUUGGAUUUGCUAAUAACGAAGACAAACCACGUGUGCCUUCAGAGCCUCCUUUGUCUGGUCAGAUUGCCAAAGCGCCCCACUCAAUAAUGGAGAAUAUUAGACGUCAACAUUCACUCCCGGAUGCGAGCCAAAAUCAAGAUAUGACUGUAAAAAACAUGUUUGCUUCAGGAGAAAGGAUUAAACAAGACUACCACCCACAUCCUUUCAAACAGCAAACUUCUCAAGGCAUAGCUGACCAGAGAUAUCAUGAUAAUAGCCUCUCCAUGGGAAUGCAGCCAAUGCAAAGGAUGCCCAUGCAUGAUCAGACACCAUUAAUGCUAAUGUCUGAAUAUCAAAUUAACGCACACUACUCAACAAUACCCCAACAGCCUUUAAUGACCCCUCCUGGUGCAGAUCAAUGGUCCAAUGGACAACACAUACCAGAUCCAUCUCGGCCUAUGCCUACUCAUUACAGUCAACAAUCUGGAGGCUACCUGGCAGAAAGAGCUGACUCAAUGACGCCUGCUCCAUCAGAUCCCCUUCAGGUUUGUGCUCCCUUGCUAGAAAAAACAUCCAAAAUCAAGCUGCAGAGAGGACCAAAGCCUAAAGUAGAAAAGCCUAAAAUGGAAAUUCCCAAGAAGACUAAAGAGAAGAAGUCUGAGGCAAAUGAUUCUUUCAGUCCAUACAGGCCAUAUCGCUGUGUUCAUCAAGGAUGUGCAGCAGCCUUUACAAUUCAGCAUAAUUUAAUCCUCCAUUACAGGGCUGUCCAUCAGUCUGCUCUAUCUAUAUGUGAAAUGAAAAAUGAAAAUGAUCAAAAUGAGGAACCGGAUGAAAAAAACGGAAUCAAGCAGGAGGGGGUUAUGGAGGAGGAACCAGAGGUUGAAGUAACCCAAGUAACAGAACUCAGAUGUCAAGUGAGCGACUGCUCGAGAGUAUUCCAAGACGUUCCGAACAUGUUGCAGCAUUACCUCCAGCUUCACAAGUUCAGCCUGGAUAAAGCAGGAUCUCUGAUGUCAAACAUCAACCUAGGCAGAUUCCGAUGUGAUCAGCAAGGGUGCACAGCAUCCUUCAUUGCUUUCUGGAAGUACAUCGGACAUAUUGAAAAAGAACAUGACAAGGCAAAACUUGCCAAAAUGGAACCUGUGGAUGGGAUGUUCCAAUGUGAUGUCGAAGGCUGUGACCGUGCUUACGCUACAAAGUCAAACCUGCUGAGGCACACCAUGAAAAAGCAUCAUGACCUUUACAAACUCCAACUGAUGAACCAACGGAAAAGUGAAGAUUGUGAGAAAUCUGACUCCAAGAAUUCACAUUACCAAAUAACUAAAUCAAGCGAUGGGAAAGAAAACAUAGAGGGCAACAAAAAGAUUACACAGAAGGGAGGUGACAAAAAGAAAACUGACAAGACAGAAAAAAAUAGUUGGACGAAAUAUGGAAAACCCUCCUUGAAAACUAAGGAUGAAGCGUCUGCAAUGUGCAUUAAGAAAUGCAAGUUGCAAUACCCCUGCAUGAUAAAGGGCUGUGAUUCAGUGAUGAAGUCUGAACGGAGUAUCAUGAAGCACUACAUGGGGCACGGACUGUCCGAGCGAUACUUAGAAGAGCAGAGAAGCCACUUCAUAUUUUGCAAGAAAUACCCAAGACGUAGAAACCUCCGCGCUGCCAGGAGCGAUGACUCUAAGUCUGAGACCUCCUCAGAGAUAUCCGACAGCGAGGACACAGCAGACACGGGCCUAGAAGGAAGUGAGUUUGACGAGUAUUCAAAACCUGUGUUACGGAGAAAGGGGAAGGGCGAACUGUGUGACACCAAACCUUCGUACGAUGAAAGCUCAGAAACUGCAUCUGAUGGUUCUGUGGUGGUGAAACGCAAGAGAGGAAGUCCACGGAAAAGUGUUUUUGAAAAAAUUGUAAAACGCAAGAGGCUGACAAGGAGUAAUGCGGUUUAUUGUGGAGAAAAUGGAUCUGACUACGACUCCUCUAGCACUGCCCUUACCCAGGAUGAAAUGAACGAUCAAAGUGAAACAUUGACCUCAUUUAAGCCCAUGGGAUUCGAGGUAUCUUUCUUAAAGUUCUUGGAGCAAUCAAGCCCAUCUAGAAACGCUCUGAAGAAGAGGAUAAGACUGAGAAACGCUACAGUGUUGUGCAAAAGGUCAGACACACACUUGCACUACCCAAAAGGCUUUGAUACCCUUGAGUUCAGGAACCCUCAGAAGCUGACGUCACUUAAAAAUGUAAAAAUUGUAGUGGACAAAUCCUUUUCGGAUGUAGCUGAUACUCUGCUGAAGCAGCUCCAGGAAAUGCGACCCACAGUAAUAUUAGAAAAAUAGAUUCCGAUGUAGUAUUUAAGUGACUGGCUAAAUGUUUUUCUUGUCAGAACACCGUAACUCAGGAUUAGAAUGGUUUUCAACCUGCUGCAGAAUGUUGCCCAAAACAAUAAUACUUUUGAUUUUGUUUUUUCACCGCAAAAUAUAAAUCCACGUUUUUUCAUUUGACUAUGUGGAAGUUGUUUUAAAAUGAUACAUUAUUUACUGUAACCUUGAGUCUGUAAAUAUCUUUUGUCUCUAUUAUAUAUUGAUCUCAUUUUAUAUUAUAUGUAUUAUUGGUAGGAUAAAUGUAAGCAUGUUUGUAUUGAUCUUCCCAGCACAUUGCCUUUGCAAACUAAAUUUAAAAUUGAAGGCGAAAAACAUUACAAUGUCAUGUGAUAAGUAUCCCCAUGAGACAAUGAAAUGGUCCUUUAAACAAACGGAAUGUGAUGUGUAUAGUUUGUGAAUGUUGUUGUUUCAAUAUGCCUUGUAAAUGUUCAUUUGUACGUAGACAAUGUUGUGUAAAUAUUUUUUUUUUUCCAAUGAACUACUGCCACCAGCAGUCUAACUUAAUUGAGAUAAACAAUUUUGUUACAGA